AUGGUUGUCCUCGCCACCAGUUGCCUGUCUGUGCUCUCCUCCGUCCUCGUCCUCAGCAUCCACCACCAGCGAGGCCGGCCGAGUCGUCCCCCCUUGUGGCUACGUCGUUUCUGCUUCAGCAUUAUCUCCCCUCUCUUCUGCAUCCGUCGCCCUGACGAUGGUGUCACUGCCUCGCCCCGAAAGCGAGGCCCGCGCCAGGGCGGUUGUGGGAAGGAUUCAUUCUUCCGGACAGGAGGCAGCCGUGUUGCAAGUGGCGGCGAGGAGUGCGAGUACUUGAGAAUGGACCCUAGACCAGGGAGCGGUGGUUCGAAUCCCGAUAGAGUGGAUGUGAACAAACUUCAAAAGGGGUCAUUAAACAACCAUUAUUAUGACUACACUUACACACCUGCCACGGGGAAUAAAGGCCCAGGCAGUGGGGGCGGGUCUGGGGACGUGCAUAGUGGGGCACGCGACGAAGACAGUAGACUCCCGCCCUCCAGGGACGAUUGGGACACGAGAGAGGACGUGGGCGGAGGGAAACAUAACCUUGUAGUCCGCCAUCUCAUCGGCCUCAUUCACACCCAGCGCAACGAGGAGAUGCGGGACGAGGAAGUGUUCCAGGAGUGGCAUCAUGUGGCCUAUGUGCUCGACCGUAUGCUCUUUGCCUUUUUCUUCCUACUCACGCUCGUCUCCACCGUCUGCAUCCUGGAGAUGAGGCCGACGCUAGACAAGCUGUGA